GUUCACUUUAACGUAUCAGCAGAUGCGACAAAAAGCUCGUGUCUUUAUUAACUAUUCUGGAUAAAGAUAACGGAGGAAAUCUACCAGAUAUGGAAGCAGGAGAAGUCGUGUCGAUAGUUUCCCGAAAAGAGAUUCGUAGACAGAAGUUGAUGGAAUACCUGGCAGCAAAAGGAAAGAUGAAACUGCCAAACCUCGAGCCGCACAACCGUGAUGAUGGUCAGGGUAAAAAUGUUGAGACAUCUGCUCUUAAGGUUGUCAUGGGUAAAGAGAACAAGGCUCCUGCUGACAGGCCAAGAUAUGAAGGUGCAAAAGUCAAGGCUUUGCCACUUAAAUCAACCCAAAACCACACCUCAAGAGUGUUAGGUGUUAACAAAGGAAAUAUCAAAGGCAGCACCCUGACUGGACAGAAGGAUUCCAAUCCUGUAACAGCUAUAGGUAGCCACGCUCAGUCAAAACCCAACCUUAAUAAAGUGUUCACAAGAACAUACACUCUUGCGUCCUCCAAGCACCCCUUGGGUUCCUCAAACCAUCUCAGAAAGAAAACAAAUACAACAAAGCAGUCUUUUGCUGUGGCUACUUCAAAUACUACUCGUAUAGAUCUGUCCAAAUCACACUGCAGAUCCAGCAGUACUUCAUGUGCUCCCACAGGAGGCCUGACGAAGAAUGUCAAUGGCAGGAUAAUUCAUGGCCCCAUGGUCAAAACUAAAACAGGUCUUGUUCCUGCAGUAACCCAGCUGAGAAACAGAGGGUCAGAUCCAACAAGCAACUCUGCCACAAAAGCUGGUGUCAGCACAACAAUUUCAUUUGCCAUCAAGGCGCGAUCUAGUGCCUCAUCAGUACCAGUUUCAAAGAGAUCUACCACGUCUCAGACGAAAACGUUACCUGCUUCUUCGCUCAGUAAUCCUGUUCACAGGAGGACAACUGUUUUAUUGACUGCAAGAGCUGAGGUUAAAACUCAGAACAAGUCUAAUGUUAAACCAAAUUUGGGUAAACAUUCUCAGUCAUCUUUUAGGAAUGAAUUUUCAUAUGGUGAGAAAACAAUAUCCACAUCCUCCAAGUAUCCUGCAGCAUCAGCUAAACGGAACGUGAGCGAUAGAGUGCCAAAAUUGAAUCAACGAGUUCAUCCGACAGACAAGUCCACAAACCAGAAAUCAGUGGCUGGAGCACAGAAGAUAGACAAACAAUGUAAAAGUGCAGCUCAUACAUCAUCUGCACAUUCAGUGACCAUACACACUUCCAGAGUCAUCAACAAAGUCCCUUUGGCUGACCUGAGAGGGAAAACCAAGACAAUUAAAGAGACAGAAAACAAGAGGGUAGGCAUUACCACAAAAACCUUUCAUGCACAAACAGGGAUGAAAAGGAUGACUGCAACAGGGAUACCACACACAGUGCCACGGCUUACCAGCAGCAUCAGCUGCACAAACAAACCUGAAGACAAGAAAACACCCAAGGUCCCCAUCAAACUCAUUCCUCAGACUGAGGGAAAGAAAAUGACUGCUGCCCAGGAGGAGCGAAUGAGAAAACUUCAGGAAUGGCGGGAAGCCAAAGGCAAAACCUACAAGCGUCCACCCAUGCCUGUGAAACCACAAACUAGACACACCGUGGCAUUACCCCAGCCUUUCUGGACCACCAUGAAGGAGGAAGACGAGGCUCAUUCCCUCAUCUGUGCUGUGGAUCGAUCCCUGGCUGACUGUAUCAAAUUACUUGGAGAGGGUUGUCCUACUGACCAGGUGAAGGAGGUUCUCUCACGGCUUCCAGCUGUGUCUCAAAAGUUUGCAAAAUACUGGAUUUGCCAGGCCCGGCUGAUGGAGCAGCAAGGAAACCUGGAUGUCCUGCCCAUGUUUGAAAAGGCAGUUGGUGUUGUGCUGGAGCCAGUGGAUGAGCUGAGGAGUGUGGUAUUUGAGAUUCUAAAGAGAAAGGACGAGCUCCAAGCACCUGAGGAGAAUGCCAUAGAGCAGCAAACUCCAGAAAAAGUGGAAACGACUCCAGAGGGCAGCAAUAACUCAAUGAUGACCCCUAAACCUGUCCGAGCUCUGAUUUGCGGUGAGAGAGGAAAUUCAUCUGUUGUCAAGUACAAGAUCACGGCCACCCCAGGUGGCCCUCCAAGCCAACAAACAGAACCAACACGGGUCAACGGCCAGGAGGUUCGCUUCUUUACCCCCGUGAGACGCUCCGUUCGUAUUGAGCGAGCAUCGCUUCAAUACCCUGCAUCCCUCCAGGAUCACGAUGUCUGUGUUGCCUCCUACAAUGACCUGAUCGCUGAAGAUGAUAGAGAGACGUCGGCUGAAGUCAGUCCAUCCGUUAUCAACACACCCAUGUACAUUUACCGAGAGAAUGAGGCACUUAAGGAUAAGAUGUGUGUUCAGUUACUUUGUGAUGAAGUGUGAAGAGCUAGGGUAUAAUUUUCCGCGUCUGCAUUUGAGAGUGCAGCAUUUGUCAUUGUUUAUAUGUCAGGGCAGAAUGUGGUUGGUGUAGUUAAUUGAAAAACUGAUGUUAUUUCCUCAUACUUUCUAUAAAAAGAUAGAUCCUGACAUUCUAGCAGUUUUUAAAGACUUACUUUUUUAACUCUAAUGAGGAUGACUCAAAAGAUGCAGUUUAUUCUUUGGUUCACUUAUUGUUUUAUCCAGUAAACAAUGUUUUGUAAAUAUAAAUCUAAAUAAAUGGCCUAUUUUGU